ACAGGAUUCUUCAGCUUCUGUUAAAGGCGUUUAGUCUGAACAUCUAAAGUCAGAAACAUGGUUGAGUGGACAGACUUUGAGAGGGCCACCAUCCAGGACAUCUUCUCCAAGAUUAACUACGACGUUGUUGGUCCCCAAGCCCUGGCAAGAUGUCUUAUCGUGUACCCCUGGACCCAGCGGUACUUCGGCAAUUUUGGAAACCUCUACAACGCCGCUGCCAUCAUGGGAAACCCCAUGGUUGCUGCUCACGGUAAAACUGUGCUCGGUGGCCUGGACAGGGCUGUGAAGAACAUGGACGACAUUAAAGGCACCUAUGCUGAACUAAGUGUGCUGCACUCCGAGAAGCUCCACGUAGAUCCUGACAACUUCAGGCUUUUGGCUGACUGCUUAACCAUCGUUGUUGCUGCACAACUGGGUGCUGGAUUCACACCUGCAGUCCAGGCCGCUUUUCAGAAAUUCAUCGCCGUCGUGGUCUCCGCCCUUGGAAGACAGUAUCACUAGAUACUAAACCUGCUUGUGCACAGAGGAUCAUCUGAUGUUUAGAUUAUGUUCUUUUGAGUUUAAGCAAAUAAAUAUUUCAAUAUUCAA